AUGAGCGGAAGUUCACCGUCGACGAGCACUGUGAAGCCUGGAGGUGACCGCGCUCGCGUGGCCUGCAAAGCGUGCAGGUCAAGACGGGUCAAAUGUGAUGCAGGGGACUCUCAUCCCUGCUGGCAAUGCCGAACACGCCAAAUCCCUUGCGAACUUGUUGAGUCCAGGAGGGGCAAAUACAUCCGCAAAAAACGCAACUUACAACAAAAGCAAUCUCGGGCUCAAUCUCCACAAGUACAGCCUGCGAGAACUGACCAGGGUCCAGCCGAGCAAGAGACAGAAGGCCCAAUCGAAGUCUUCAUUGAAGACGGCAGCUUCACUAACAGCCCCGUCACGUCCGAUGGAAUCAGCAACGAUGGCCAACUCCAGCCAAGCCAAGCACAAAAGAAUCAAAGACAACAUCCAUGUUCAGUAGAUCUCAGUCUGUCUUACAUCGUCGAAGUUGUCCACAGACCGAAAGAUGGCUCAACCGAGCCCGUCAAAGUCCACUAUCCUAUUCCGGCUUGCAUAGCAGACCAGUCGGCCUACAAUCAUGCGCCGAAGGUCAUAGAGACAAUUUCUCUUCAAGAAGCGCUCGCAAUGCCGGCUCCGCACAUCGCAGACCAACUCAUUCGCCCUUUCUUCGAGAUCAUGCACCCGGCGUAUCCCGUGUUCGACCGAGAGAGCUUCUCGCGGCAGUACCGCCAAGGCCAGGCGUCGCCUCUAGUCCUGCAGGCUAUCUUCCUGCUUGGUUUCACCGUAUGCGAUGACAGUCUCAUCGAGGAAGCUGGCUUCAGCGAUCGAGCUACUGCAAGGAGAACGCAUUAUCUUCGUGCCAAGGCUCUUUACGAUGCGGAGUACGAGAGUGAUCACAUGAACCUUGUAGCUGUUAUGCUGCUUCUAGGUUUCUGGUGGGCUGGCCCGGAAGAUCAAAAGGAUAAUUGUUACUGGGUCAACUGUGCCGCGACUAUGGCUCAGUCCCUCGGCAUGCACAGGUCGAUGUCACACUCAGCCUUAAGUCCACGAAUGCGAUCACUCAGAAAGAGGAUUUGGUGGGCCAUCUACACCCGCGAUAGACACACCGCUGCAGCAUUCGGUCGACCAUGUCGAAUUCGUGACGAGGACUGCGAUAUAGAGCCUCUAAUCGAGGAGGACUUCGAGUUUGAUAAGAACGGCGAUGAAAGACUGAUACCUGCUCAACACAAGUACCACGUGUCAUAUGUCAUGGAGAUGGCAAGGCUAACUACGAUAUUGGGGGACAUAAUCGUUUCAGAGUUCAGCCCACGACGUGCUAUGAUCGAGAAGUAUGAAGCAAAAUCGCUCAAGAAGGAGCUCCGCCGUUGGAAUUCAAGUCUGCCGGAGCACCUGAGUCCGGCGCCGCUCGAUGGGUCUCUCGGUGCAUCAUUCUGGGCCAGUAUGGUGCAGUUCACCUACCAAUACUGCCACAUCCUCCUGUUCAGACCGAAGGCUAUCGAUAACCUCACGCCGGCAGAGGCAGAAAGAGACAAGCAAGCUCGCAUGGCGGCAGACGCCAUCACACGUAAUGCAGAAGACCUUCUCGCCGCCGAGACUAUCAGAUCUGCACAGAUCCAUCUUGUUCCGACUUUAUUUGGCGCCCUUUCCAUCCAUACUAUCGUCAUCUGCCGCAAAGACCCAAUUCGUCGACAACUAGCUGAAAACAAAUCACGACAGUGCCUACUGGCCUUGAGUCAGCUGUCAAAGUCCUGGCCUGUCCGCUUAUGGAUCUCAAAGUCAUUCGUCAGUCUAAUGAGGAGACUCACUGGUCAGGGGUCUAUAGUCAACGUGACAUCCAGCAUUGUAGGUAUUCUCAUAGGCAUUACGUCAGUAAAAACUGUGCAAACAUUGACGGAAUCGCAGCACGGCCCAAAUUACCGGACGUUUGCCCCGCAAUACGCGGGCGAAGAAACCAACCCAGCUAUGUUGAAUUCUUUCCACAGUACUGGUGAAGUAGGCACGGAAACCGCGGGCCUCAAUGCAGCUCAACCCGAAGCACCACCGGGGCAAGAGAGCUUUCAUCAGGCAACUGAUCAAAUGUUCUAUGAUACUUUCUGGGCGGAUUACCUGGAUAAUACCUUUGAUGUUGAUCUUCUUAUACAUUCUCACUCAGGCUUUCCUAGCAAUCCUUCCGGGUAGUAAAGGGAGGUGGAAUACAGUUGAGCGGAUCCGCGGAGGAUUUCGAAGGAUCACUUGCAGACAUCUGAUUCAAUCAGUAUGAUCCAGUACAACAAGCAAACUAUUCGUCCGUAUCUGUCUACUGAGG